GUUUAUUCCUGCUGCCUCUCUCAUAGAGUUUAUUUUGUUCUGAUCUGUUCCUUUUUUAUAGAACUCUCCUGUUUCUCACCUCCUGUUGUUCCUGAACUGUUGCUGCUGUAUUUUUUCCUCAUGUCUUUGGCUGCCUGUUGCAGGUCUGUGUCUCUCUACUGACGUCGCCCUCCUGAACUCCUCACCUGCUCUGGUCUGCGUUACCUUCAAUAUCAGUUCCUGUUCUUGGUCAUGGAUGACUUUGUUUGUAACAAACUGACUGAAUGGGGUCUUAGUGAGCUCAUUGAUAGAUUUAAAGAUCAUAGCAUGGACAAGGAAAGUCUGUAUGAUCUCGAUGAUCAAGACAUUAAAGACUUGAUCCCAGCAGUGGGACCAAGAGCAAAAUUCAAGAAGAGACUGAAGCAGUUAAAGGAAGAACAAAACACAAAUCAGGAAGCAGCAAAUUCUCCUGUUCCAGUUUCGCCAGCAACAAGUGAUAAAGGAAAGAGAAAUUUGGAUCUUCAGGAUGAAUCCAUCAAAAAACAACAACCAAAUAAACGCCAACGUGACAAAAAAACCCAAUCAUACACAGAAUCAGUCAUACUGUCUGAUGUGAAAGACAUCAUGGGAUCAGUCCUGAAGAAACUGCAUCACCAAGACAAGACAAACCUGAAUAAUUUCCUGAGGACGAAAAUCCAUGAUUUGAAAACAGACAAGAAGGAACUGAUCGGUGUCUUUGGUAGAACUGGGGCUGGAAAGAGCUCUUUGAUAAACGCUGUCCUUGGAGAGGAGGAUCUGUUGCCCUCUGGAGACGUCAUUGCCUGUACCUCAGUCAUGAUUAAAGUGGAGGCAAACAUGCGUAGCUCAAAGUACGAAGCAGACAUCGAGUUCAUUACAAGCGAGGAGUGGAAAGAUGAGAUUUGGACCAUGAAGCAGUUUCUUGGGAAUGCAGACGAGGAAUGGCAAAAAGAUGCGGAUUGUCGUGACGUUGUUGAAAAGCUGUCUGCACUGUACGGAGAAGAGUGGAAACACAAAUCUCCUGAAAACCUGGUGGACGUCAAAUACUUCAGUGAAAUUGAAGAAUUUCUCCAAUCCCAGAGAAAGACUUUGACAUGUGGAUCAGCCAAAGAGCUAUCUGCAAAAUUAGUCAGAUACACAAGAAGCACCUCCAGACGUCGACAAGGAGAAGUAACGAGGUGUUUCUGGCCACUGGUGAAGUGUGUGACUGUCAAGGUGCCAAAUAAUGAUCUUCUCCAACACGUCACACUGGUGGACCUUCCUGGAAACGGAGACCGGAACAAGAGCAGAGCUAAAAUGUGGAAAGGGAUUGUUGGAGAUUGUUCUACUGUGUGGAUCGUGACUGAAAUCAAUCGAGCAGCAUCAGAAGACGAUGCCUGGGAGAUCUUGGAGAGUACCUGCAGCCUCAUGGGCAACGGUGGCCAGUGUCAGAGAAUUCACUUCAUCUGCACCAAGUCUGAUGUUAUUGGAGGUUCAAAUGAUGAUGCAGAUGUCCGUGCUCGCAUCGUUCAAAGAAACGCCACAGCCAAGGAAGAAGUGAUCGUAGAAUAUGGCAGUCUAAACCAGGUUAAGAAACACUUCAGUGAUGACUGCUUCAAAGUGUUCACAGUGAGCUCUGAUGAGUUCCUGAAGGGACAGCAUCUAAAUCCAGAGGACACUGAAAUACCCCAACUUCAGGAUUUUUUGAAGGGUCUCAACGACUGUCACUCAGAGACAUUAAACUAUGUGACUGGAGCUUAUGGGAUUCUGUCUUUGAUGCAUGGAGCCAACUCUACAGAAGGGAAUGGAAAGAAAACAGAUGUUUGUGCAGAACUUGAAAAUAAUCUAAGCCAUCAACUUGGUCAAGUCAAACAGGCAGUGGAAGACGCUCACAAGGCUUUUGAAACACGCCUGAUUGAGGGCGUGGAAAAAUCCCAAAGUUCAUGUGAAAGGUCCAUGAGCUCCUUCUUAUAUUCUUCUGCCCGUGGUUUCCACAGGACAUUGAAGUGUGUGGUUCAGAAAGAUGGCGUCCACAAAACAACAAAAGGAAAACAAAUAAACCUGAAUGUGAAGUUAGCUUCAUGGCUGACAGACGGCAUCGAUGAGGAGUUCAGGAAGACCUUCCCAAAUGAAGGAAAAUGUGGAUCAUUCAACGGCGUCAUCAGUUCGUUUUCCCUGGACACAGAGAGGCUAAUGAAGGAGAACCAGAGUCCCAAACUGCAGCUGAUAUUUCUCAAGACGGAGGAAGAAAAAAUGAAGACAAAACUCAACAAAACCGUCCGGGAGCGUAAGAAAACCAUCUACAACAGUCUGACAGAGACAAUAGAGAAAACAAUGCUGGACUGCUACAAAAGAGCAGCAGAAUUUAGUGGACCGGACUCACUGAAAUACAUGAGAGACACUAUUUUAGAGCAUGUACGAGUCUCCAAGGACAUGAUGUUUGAGGAGGCUAAAGCUGCCAUGUUGAAGCUGCUGAAUGACCUGAAGGAGGAGAUCCUGAAGACACUGCAGGAAACUUUGGAGGAAUCCAUUGAGCUCUCACUAAAGACAGAUGACAACUCAAUCCCAGAUGUUCCAGAUGAACUUGAGAAGGUGUUGAAAUACUACAAUGAACUGAAAGACAACUCAAAGGAAUUGAUUUUCCAAUUGGGGUAAAACGUUGAAUCUUCCAUCAGUGGACAGAAACAUCAGAGGCCAGGUCGUCCACUGAACAUCUCUGAGGAUCACUGACUCAACACAGGACACUCUGGAUUGAGUCGGUUUCUAUGUACGCUUUAAUGCUUUUGUUUGAUUUGAUCUUUGACUUUGUUUUUAUGAAUUUUGUGCUGAGAGAUUAAGAGAUUUUUUGUAAGUUUUUUUCUUUUAUUGAUUCCAGUCUAGAGGCAACUUAAAAAGUAGAGAGAGAUGAAAUGCAAAGAGCCCUGGUUGGAUUUGAACCAGCGAUGUUGUGGUUUUCAUCAUAAAGGUUUUAAGGAUUGAACUGUUCUUUUCUUGUUUUCCAGUAUUGUGUUUGCAUGUUUUCUGACUUUAGUGUGGGUUCAUUGGGAUAGGAGCACUGCAGCUUCAGGGAUUAGAUCAAUGUGUGUCAUUUUAACCUUGAAUCACUCCUUUUCUGUACGUCGUGUAAAUCAGGUACAGUGCCUUCUUUCAGAGUGAUGUGCAUUUAAAAAUGUGCUUUUGAAUGCUAAUUGAUGGAAUGUGCAGAUUGCAUUGAGGACAGUUACCUUCCUGUGCCAGAUAAGACAAAAUGUAAAGCUAUCCUCCCAUGUCAGGAGAAAGAGAAACUAUUCAGAACAAAGAGAAUUCUCACAUGUCAUAAGAAGUGUAUAAAAAUUGAUAUUUGUCUUGUUGGGGGAGGUUAUGAAUGCCUUUUUGAGGAAAAACACCUGGUAAUGAGUUUAAAUCCAUCUUUAUUGUAGAACAAAAAGAUAUCCUAGCUUUAUUUUUCUGUGGGAUUUGACUUCUUGCGGCUACUGGCAUUUUAUGAAAUACCACUAUUAUGCUCAAAAUAUUUCCAGAGAACGUUCAGUAUGCAUCCUUGUAUGUCUGGCACAUGAAAGACUCAUUCAGCUUAAGACCUAAUGUAAGGGGAGCUGCUCCACGGCCAAGCUAAAGUCUCUCAGUGACCUGCCUGUUAGAACCUUCAGGUUGUCACCAAACUGUUCAGGAGGAAACAUCGUCAGUGUUGAACAUCCUGAGGACAUAACUUGUUCUGGGUAGUGGUACUGAGGUAUCUAUGGCAUCACUUCAUCUCUUCUUCUCUUGGUCUUUAGGUCAUCUGCUGUAUUCUGCAGCUACUCAUCAACAUGGGUCCACUUUGGGCCUUCAGUUGCUCCAAAAUCCUGGAUUUUCUGUUCUCAACAUGCAGCAGAUUAGCCUCCUUCUUUCUAAGCCCAGCGGCUCUAGGAUCUUCUGGCGUUUAUUCCAGUCUGCAGCGGUACUGUCCAGGAUCUUGACCACUGGACUCAUUUCACAGAAAUCACUCGAGGCGUCUUUCUUACGGAAGUCUUCAGUCAGCUUCAGGACAUCGCCAUGAGAGGCAGUGUCCAAACUGGGCUUCUCCUUCAGCCUCUGAUCAGUGUCCCCUCAGUGCCUUUCCAGCUGCAUGUUGUGAACAGAAGCUGAGUCGAUAUUCUGGGCCUGUUCAAUCACUGGAUAUUGUGGAUAAAAAAAACAUAGUAGUGUGUUUAUGAUAUGGACAAAAUGUUAAGAAAAUGACGCUUAAAAACAGCCACUAGUGACUUACAGCAAUGCAAACAAUAUGAUACAUGGAGAAUUCUGGGUAUUGUGAAUGGUCAUAUGGUAACUAAUGAUUGUUUAUGCUCUAUGAAGUGUUUUCCUUCAAAUCUUAUAGACAUCCACCAGUCAAAUGAGUAAUUGUCUGUUUGGUUACACAACGGCCUGCAUGUUGUUGGUGAUAAACUCUCCAUUUUAAUGUACAAAUCUGUGGUUUUCACAUAUACGCCAGCAGCCAAGAGAAGCCGACUCCAAAUACAAAAUAAAGGUGAAAAUUUGAGUUUUUACGGAUAUGUGGUUAAUUUGAACUCAUCACCAGAAUUUUCUAGAAUUACAGCCCUCCUCUACUCUUACAUCCCAUAACCUGGUGAUGUGUGAGGUUCUUGCCACUGCCUGAAUAAAGAGACGCUGAAUUCAUGAUCCUCA